AUGUGAACUGGAAAAUGGGGAAGAUUUAGCAAAAUUCCACCCUCAGUCAGGCUGGAAAGGGGGAGAGAGCAGAGAAAAACCCUCAGACUGCUGAAAUUUCUACACUGCCAGGAAGCCCCGAGGAUCCUGUGAAAAUGAGGGUCUCUUAACUCAGAGCUGACUGAGGGGAAGAGCAGGACCCCUCCCGGAAUUCCUCCCAGUGUGGGUCACCUUUCCUCACCAGUAUGGUCAGCGACGGGCCCGUCCCAAGCCUGGACGUGCCGGUGUGAGCCAAGUUGCCCGAGGUGAGGCCGAGUGAGCUCCGGCCGGCCCUGCUCCCCCUUCAUGUGCUGUGGAACCGCGGGAGAAGGGGAGAAGCAGCAGCCGGCGUCUGGGCAGCCGGGGCCCCCAGCAUGGACUGCAAGGAGGGGACGGACAGCAGCUGCGGCUGCGGGGGCCACGACGACAAGAAGAUGCUCAAGUGCGUGGUGGUCGGGGACGGCGCCGUGGGGAAAACCUGCCUGCUGAUGAGCUACGCCAACGACGCCUUCCCGGAGGAGUACGUGCCCACAGUGUUCGACCACUACGCCGUUACUGUGACGGUGGGAGGAAAGCAGCACUUGCUCGGCCUGUAUGACACGGCAGGACAGGAGGACUACAACCAGCUGAGGCCACUGUCCUACCCAAACACGGACGUGUUUUUGAUCUGCUUCUCUGUGGUCAACCCUGCCUCUUACCACAACGUCCAGGAGGAGUGGGUGCCCGAGCUGAAGGACUGCAUGCCCCACGUGCCCUACGUCCUCAUAGGGACCCAGAUUGAUCUCCGUGACGACCCCAAAACUUUGGCCCGUUUGCUGUAUAUGAAGGAGAAACCUCUCACUUACGAGCAUGGUGUGAAGCUUGCAAAAGCGAUCGGAGCUCAGUGCUACUUGGAAUGCUCUGCCUUGACUCAGAAAGGUCUCAAAGCGGUUUUUGAUGAAGCAAUCCUCACUAUUUUCCACCCCAAGAAAAAGAAGAAGCGCUGCUCUGAGGGUCACAGCUGCUGUGCGAUUAUCUGAGGUUGCCUGAGACCCGCCUCCACUCCAAGAAUGAGAAUGGCACCCAUCUCCAAGACCAAGCUCCCGCCAAAAAGGAGGGCAUGACCUGAAAGGAAUUUCCUUCCCACAGAGGCUUGCCUGCCACCCUGUGAGCCCUCCCAAGCACAGCCCUCUAGUCAGCCAACUGCCACUUGCGUCCUCCCUGCCAGCUAGAAGCAUCCGCGCUGCACACUCCCCGAGGACGUUGGGUCCCAGUUUCAGACGGCGCCGCUGCUGAACAUGCUAGGAACAAAGUCAAGGCCGUCUUGCAUUUCGUAUUUCUCCUGCCUGUGAAUAUGAAGCUGAUAGGAAUCAUUACAGAAAAACUGAAAGAGGAACUCGGUUCCUGUGCUGGUGGCCUUAUUUGAUGUCUUUUACAAAACAUGGGACUGCAAUACUAACCUUUCUUUUCUGAACCUCCUGUUUUACCCAUGUGUCUGACGUUCAUUUGUACUAUGUGAAGGAAUCAACUAAUUUCCAGUUUACUCAGGCAUUACAAAUCUGUACCAAAUUAGCCUAAAGAAAGGCGGUUUAUAUCCAUUUCUAUUUUUAGCACAUUCCUACCAAAGCCAUUAGAACCGACACAUACCUCUGACGGCCUGAGCACAGGAAGACACAAGAAAACUCUAAAACUUUUAGAAACUUAUAUUGUCAUGAUUUUUGAACCUGGCUGAAUGAAAACAUCAUCUGAAUUGGUGCAGGUCCACGUUUUUGCCAAAGACUCACACUCUACAAAUACAUAAGUUGAUAGGCAGCCUGAUUUUUUUCCUACUAUACUGUCAUGGCAAACUAAAAACGAACUGUUUACAAAAGUACUAUUUCUAUUUUGCAUCCACAUCCACUGGGGGAAGAACAUAGCAGGACCCAUCUUUUAAAAUAGUUUACUUAGCAGAGUGGAUCUUCCUGCUCCCUCUCUCCCCCAUUGGUUGCCCUUUGCCUUCCUGGGUUUCACACUUUCUCCUGGGCCCAGAUUCCAAUUAUCACCUAAACUGAGAGAAGGACUGGGCAUUGGGCAUGAACAAGCAAGUGUUUAAAAAUACCUGAGGUAGUCCUAAUCCUAGCACUCUGGGAG